AUGGAAUUGCCCAAGGGAUCGUCGCCAUUGCUGCACGCGAUCCGUCAAGGGCACCCCACCACCAUCGCCGAGUUCUUCCUCUCCAGAGGUGCUGAUAUACAUGCAACACUUGGCAAAGACAAGAAGACGGCGUUGCAUCUUGCUGCCUCCCGGGGCAAUGUUGGGCUCCUCAGAAACCUAAUCCGCCGGGGAGCUAACUUGGAGGCCAGAACCAAGAAUAAAGGGGAAACGCCUCUCCUUGCAGCGGUGAGACACACAUCGUCCGACUGUUGGAAAGCCGUGAGAGUUUUGUUGAACGCAGGCGCAAACAUAGAAAGUCGUCGAAAAGAUGGUCAAAAUAUUCUCCAUCUAGUUGCCUCGGUAGGCAGUAUACCGGUUCUCAGGAGAGCGCUGAGGCACGGCCUGGAUCCUGAUAGUUUGACGCCACUGGCUAUUGCUGCAAAAUAUGGCGAACUUCAAUUGAUCAGUAUACUUCUCAGGUGGGGUGCCAGCAUUGACGCCAGAUGCAACAAGAAUUACACUCCGCUCCAUGUAGCAGCUGCUCAGGGGCCGUGGCAAAAUGUUGGCCUCUUAGUCGAGAACGGCGCCAGCUUGGAUCUAUUGAACUCCCGAGGAUAUAGUCCUCUUCAAGAGGCAAGAAAUCAUGAUCGUAAAGCUGCAGAGACGAUUCUUCUACUGGCAGGGGCAGCAGAGAAUUCUCGUUCAGAAAAGGCAUCGUCACGGAAACGGCCAGCACCAGAUAGCAGCGAUGAAGCGGACGAUAAGAUUCGUCGUUAUGGGAAUUGA